UAUCAUGGGGUGGAAAAUUCCGAGCUUUGCAUUGUUUUGUAUUUUCUUUGCUUAUUAUAUUUAUUUACCCAUACCAGAGAACAUUGAAGAACGCUGGAAAGUAGGACUCAUAACAAUUUUAACAAAAUUUGCUUCAUUGAUGAAUGUAUUACUUGAAAAUGUAGGUAUUAUGAGAUAUGGACAGUUAUUUAGAAUAAUAUUGGCAAUGGACCUUACAAAACCAAUUUCAGAUGAAAACCUUACAGUGAUUGACACAGACUUCAGUGACAUUCCAGUACGGUUAUACUUGCCUACCAGGAAGUCAGAAAGACGAAGACCAGCUAUAAUUUUUAUUCAUGGUGGGGCUAUGACCCAGGGAAGUUGCAAACUAUCUUCUUAUGACUCCCUGAGUCGAUGGACUGCGAAGAAACUUGAUGCUGUUGUUCUGGGAGUGGAUUUUAGACAAGCUCCUCAGUAUCUGUUUCCAGUUCCUCUUGAAGACUGUGUUUUUGCGGUUAAGUUCUUUUUACAGGAUAAAAUUCUUAUGAAAUAUGGAGUGGAUCCCACCAGAAUAUGCAUUACAGGCGACAGUUCUGGGGGCUUGUUGGCCACAAGUGUGGUUUAUCUGCUACAGAAUGAUCCAGAAUUCAAAGAUAAAAUUAAGGCACAAGCCUUAAUUUAUCCUGUAUUACAGGUGUUUGAUACUUUGGUGCCCUCACAUCAAGAAUAUGCAAAUGGUCCAUUUUUGACAAGAGAAAUGGCUAUAAAACUCUUCUGCCUAUCUUUGACUAUGGAUGAAGCGCUACCCCAGGCAAUGUUAAGAAAUCAGCAUAUGCCUGAAGAAUCAAGACAUCUGUUCAAGUAUGUUAACUGGAGUGUCUACCUUCCUGAGAAGUAUAAAAAGUACCAUGUUUAUACUGAACCAACUCUUGGAAAUCUUAAAAGUUUGCAUCCACUUCUCGUUGAUAGUAGACUAUCACCUUUGGUGUUAAAUGAUUCCCAGUUACAGACAUUACCAUUAACUUACAUCCUCACUUGUGAACAUGAUUUAGUAAGAGAUGAUGGCCUAAUUUAUGCCACGCGACUUCAAAAUGUUGGAGUUCAAGUUACCCAUGACCAUUUAGAGGAUGGAUUCCAUGCAGCUAUAUCGCUCACAGGACCACCAAUGUACAUACAGUUUGGCUUUAAAAUAAGAGAUAAAUAUAUUUGUUGGCUAGAAGAGAACCUAUAAAUUUAUAACUAAUAAAUGGAAAUAUAUAAUUGAUAAGUUACAAGUGUAGUCUGAAAAUAUUUAGACUUUAAUAAAAAAGAACAAUGAAAUAAAUUUGGAAUAAACCUAAAUUUAAAUCAGAAUAAAGGCUACUGUGUACCUUGAGACAUUAAGAUUCAUCUUAUAAAUCUUAGAUCUUGCUAAAAUGAAGAUUCAUUUUAUUAAUUCUUAUUAAACAUAAUUUAUAGUGAUAAAUUGUAAGUAUGUCUCAGCAACAAUAGAGUAUAAAACAUAUAUCUACAGGCAAAAAAAAAUAGCAUGUCAGUUUUCAGGCAGACAAAAGAAUGUAGGGUAGUAGUGAAAGAGGAGACAGCACGAGGAAGACCAUGAUGGCCAUUGUAGGGAGGAGAGUACCAUGUUUAUUGUACUGUCUUUCAAUCAAGCAUUGUUCAAACAGCUGCAAUGUAAAUUCUGCUAUUUUUUUCAUUCACAUCAUGUAAAAUUAGCAUAUUUCUAGACUCCUUUGCUUAAAAAAGGAGAAGGUUAUCAUCUGGACUGUAAAUCAUUUCUUCAGUCUAAAUCUUUGAGUCUCCCUCCAGCCUUCAGCAGCAUCUACCCUGAAGGUUGGUUGAUUAGCUAUACUCUGUUAUGUGCUUGUUUUUCAUCUAAUCAGAGUUGUUAGACUUAAUCAAGUCAAAAUUACUUAUUCUAUUAUUUUGAACCUAUAGAGUAUAUCACUCUUAGAGAAGAUACAUAACUAGCAAGAGAUUUUAUCGUAUUAUCUCCGAAACCAUUUGCUUGCUUGUGAUAAUGGGACUCAUACUUAUGUCAGUUUGGAUCACUGUACCAUGAACUAAAAUUCAUUACCACCUAUGAGCAGCACAAGCAAUGUUUAAUUUUCUGAGAUCUUGUGAUGCUACUAUUUGUAUGGAAUUGUUUUCUUGUUCUUUGCUGCAUGAAUUUGGUGCUGUGUAAAUUUAAUUGUGGCUUCUGAGUUUUAUUGAUACUUCCAUUUCAAAAUAUUUUAGAAUUUACUAUUAGUAUUUGUUUAUAGGUUGAUCAUUUAGUUGAUCAUUUAGUUUUGGCCAUCUGAAUACUAGUUGCUUACUAAUCUUCCAACAGAUUUUGUUGUAUAAGGGUCUUCUCUGAAAUGAAAACACUAAGUUAUUGUAUUAGUCAGGGGCGUACUAGAGAAAACAUAUAACAUGAGAUAUACAAAUGUAUAAGAAAUGACAAGACUGGCUUAUGGUGGUCUGCCACAGAGUUGGAUGGGGAAGUGUGCACAGGGUGUCUACACAGCAGAGGCUAAAGGAUCCAAUCAAUCCAGCGUCUGCAGUUUACCCUGGUGUCUCGUGCAAGCAGUCUGAUGGGUCUGCAACAGAAGGCUGAAGGCUCUACUAUGGAAGGCUGAAGAGUCCACACUGGAACAUCCAAACCAAAGGCAAAGACUGGAGCUUCUCCAAAGAAUGGAACGCAUUUGUCCUUUCUCCUUCCCUUUUAUACCUCCAGGUGAUGAGGUACCCUAGGGUGGGUCUUCUACACUCUUGGGUAUAAAGUGGCUAAACCCAUUUAGUGAGGCUUCUAAUGUCUCAAGUUGACACAAUCAACCACUAUAGUUAUUGCAUCAAAUCUCACAGAAUGCCUGGAUUUUUUUUUAAGUGAGAAGCAUUUUUACUUGACUUCCAUGAUCCAAGUUUACUUUAUGUUCACUUUAGAAAUAAGAACACGGUUUACUUUAGGUAGGAUACUUAAGAUUUUUACAGUAGGACAGUCACAGAAAGUCUUGUUAACUCGCAGCACUCCAGGCAUACACACUGCAAAAGCCAAGCCUUUCUAGGAGUUCAGGACUUUUAAAUGAUGCCCCAACCAAGGUAGAUCAAGUAUGGACUUCAGGGCUGUUCUUUCUCAUCAUGCACCUUACAAUGUUUCCCACAAAAACCAUGUUGUCACAAGUGUACUGACAAUCCUUUCCAAACAUCAACCUUUCAAUUAUACCGUGAAGCAAAAAUUUGCUGUGAACUGUCUCCCAACUCUGAUCACUUAGUCUACUGCUUCUAUGACAAAAUGCUUACUUAUUAAAUUUUAGUCCUGAUUUUCUGGUGUCACUAA